AUGAUUGAUAUAAAUGAUGAUGAACUACGAGUUUUUAUUGAUGACAUUAACGAUAAUAUAAACGGAGAUGAUCAGGACUUUGAGAAAGUCAUCAAAUAUUUAAUUUAUGUUUUAAAUUUCAAGAUUUCAGCCGGUGAAGAAAAACUUUUAUACCAGUUACUUGAUUGUAUAGAGUUAGUGAUCAAUAAGAAACGAUUCCUUCUAAAUCUCGAAUUGACUGAUGAUUUCAAGACUAAGAUCCAAAGUUAUUAUAUGGAAGGUGAUUUAGGAGAAUAUUUGAUAUUCAAUUGUUUGCAUAAUUUGAAGAAUUUUGAUAAUUUUUCACUUAAGAAAUUCAUUAUAUCAUUGAUAAAUAUAUCCAUAAGUUGUUUAAAUGAUUUGAAUUAUAAGAAUAGAAUCAUCCAAAAACUUCAGACGACUUUAAAGUUUAUGAUAAAUCAACUUUUAUCCAACUUGUCCACUAUAAAUAAGGAUCAAUUGAUAAUAACUAUAAAUUAUUUGGCUAUACUUAAUGAUGGUGAAAUAUCGAGUAAAUUAACCUUUAACGCAUUUGAGUUGGAAGUUUUACUCAAAAGAGGCUGGUUCUUAUUGAGUAGUGGAAGCUCCAUCGAUGGGAUCAUCUUGAAUAAUUUGAAAUCAUUGAUGAUUCUCAAUUUAACUGAUAAUAUUAUUAUUCAUAAAUCCACCAAUUUUUCUUCUAUAACGUUACUAGUUGAUUGGAUAAUAUCAUGUUUGUCACAGUUUAAUGCUGAUACUUCCAAUUUAUUGACAAACUCCAUCACAAAGUCCUUAUUGAAGAUUUUGAAAUUUUCUUUAGAGAAUGAAAUUCUAAUUAACCUUUUGAAUCUUUUGAAUUUGGAUUAUCAUUUGAAUCAAGAAUUACCUCCCAUAAUCCUUCAAUCAUUGAAAAAUUUCAAAUUGGUUGAUGAUCAGCUUAGAAAUGAAUCAUUUCUUUUCAGUCUUCCUCCGUACAAUAAUCCCGAAUUUGAUUGUUUCAUAGAGGAUAUCACAAAGAUUUUGAAUGAUCAUGAUGAUUCACUAGAUUUCCUUGACUUCCCAAUUUCCAAAUUUGAAGAUCAUGAUCAAUGGUUAGAUAAAAUAAUAUCUCUUUCAACAGCAGAUGACGACACCCUUCACACUAUCUGGUCAGCAUUGGGGAAUUUUCCUUGCAAACAAAGUGGUGAUUUCAAUAAAGAAGUUAAAGAUUGUACUAGAUGUGGAUCAUAUCCCAAUGUGAAUAAUCAUUAUCAACUUAUUUCCUCAACACGUCCAUUUUUUGAUGGUGAUCCAUUGAUCAGAAAAUAUUAUUAUGAAUUAGUAGUGCCAUUCAAAACUUCCAAUACCCUUUUAUUGUGUAAUUAUCUUCUUGCAGUGUACAAGUUAUUUGCAUCCUAUAGACCACCAUUGAAACUGAAGGAAGAUAAGUUUCUUGAUAAUCUUCUUGAUAUAAUAUCCACCAAUUCCAGUAGAGAUGUUAGAAUGUUAGUUUCAAGAAUCUUACCGUUAUAUUUGAUAUCAGAGAAGGAUCAGGUUUUAGAAGCUACAUUUUCAAAGAUCUUCUCCAGAUUGAAUAGUAUACAGUUUGACCUUUCUCAUAAAUUAUACCUUGCAGAGUCAACUAUCUCAUCAUUGAUGGAAUUGGCUAUAAUCUGUCAAGGUGAUUGGUUGAACGUAUUGGUAUUGAAAUUCAUUGAUUUGUUAGGGGAAACUAACGAACAUCAUGUAAAUUUGGUUUACAGUAGUAUUUUAAAUAUUGCUAAAACCAAGUCAAUCACUCCAUAUAAACUUCUAAUUCCAUUUUUACCUAUCGUGGCUGUAAGAUUGAUUAAGCUGAAUCAAAUUUUAGACAAAAUCGUCAAAUUAUUAGGGGUCAACCGUCAGUAUCUUUUGAACAGAACUAAAGAUUAUACUAUUCCUCAUUUAUUGGAUUACUAUAAAUAUGAUUACAUUCAAGAUAUAUCUCAAGCAUGUGGAAAACCGAAGGAAAAACUUAUCGAAGAUUGUUUGCCUCGUACCCUAGCUAUUUUGUUGGUCAAGAAUGACAAGCCCAAAAUCGAUGAAAAGUAUAUCACCACCAUACUCAAAAAUGGUGAUUAUAGGAAGAAUUUCAAAUUCGAUGAUUUGUUCGAUAAUAAUUUCGGGGACAUAACAUGGAAUAUAUUGUUACAAAUCACUUAUGAUGGUGAAGGGAAUAUCAAGAACCAAGGUCAAAUAUUCAAUAGUUUGGAAUUCACUGGUAAGAAAUCCAUGAAUUUGAAUGGGAGUAAGAUUUCUCGUAAACAGAUCAGAAACUUCCAUCAAUUGAAUUAUAUCGAAUAUCUUAUUGAAGAACAUAUCUUAGAGAUUAUUCAGAAGAUAUCUGAAUGUAUUAAUCAGAUCACUACUCCAUACUAUGAGAAAGUCUUGAGUUUGAAAUCUAUAGAGUUCUUGAUAAGGUAUAAUAUCAAAGCUACCAGUUCAGUUCUAGGACAAAUCUCCAGUUGUUUACAAUCAUUGAUUGAAAAUUCAGAAUUCGAAUUUAUUGCUAUGAAUUGUUUGAAUUUAUUGGUCAAAAACUUAGAACCUUCAAGUUUGAUCUCCCUUUUUGAUAUAAUUAUCUCCUUGAUUUUUCAAAAAUUCAAUCAAUUGGAACUUCGGUCAAGAAACUUGGCUGUAGAAAUCAUAAAGAAGUUGUUUGUUGAAAUUAAAAGUCUCGAUAAUAACUAUAUCUUAUAUUAUUUCUCCAUUCCUUAUUUACCAACAUUGAUCAAUGAUUAUAAGCUUGAAGCCAAUUUUAAGAAUUUGAAAGUCAACUCCAAAAUCAGUUACUUCCCGGAGUUUACCAGAAGAUUGAAAACUUUGAAUAAAUAUGUUGUUAAACAGGCAUUGAAUGAUUUGAUCAAUUUCACCUUAUCUUAUCAGGUGACUAUCCAACAAGACUUCGCUAAAGAAUCUUUAUCAAUGGAAUCAAUAAGUUCUAUUUCCAAUCUUGUCAAUACUCUUUUGGAUACAGCCAAUAAGUUUCGUGGUGAUCAUAAUAGGGAGGAGGAUAAUGAUAUUCCCAAGAAUUGUUCCAAAGCAUUAUCCAUAAUUGGAGCUUUAGACCCUAACAAAUUUAACUUAAAGACCAUUAAGAAUCAAAUCACUUUGAUCCAUUAUUUCAAUGAUUACAAUGAGAAUUCUAUAUUCUUGACGGAUUUUCUUGAAAAUAUCUUGAUCACAAGUUUCUGGGCUUCCAAUGAUCCUGUGAAACAGAUGUAUUAUAGUUAUUCCAUGCAACAAUUCCUUAAAGUGUUGAAGUUGGAUUCAAAGAUCUUACAAGCUAGUGAAUCCAAUGAGUAUUACAAAGUAUGGAACAAUUUCAGUGAUAUUGCUAAAUCAACAUUAACACCAUUUUUCCAUUCCAAGUUCUAUGCCAAGUCUGCUAAUUAUGUAGCUAUAAAUUAUCCUAUCUACAAGGAUGGUCAGAAUUUCGACCUGUGGUUAUAUGAAUUAACAGCAGAUUUGAUCAAACGUCCUAUUGAUGCUGAUUCAAAUUUAAAGAAUCUAUUCGAUGCUUUCGUAGCAUUGGUGAGAUACAGAGACAAUGAAAUCUGUCAUCAUCUACUCAAACAUUUAGCUUUAUUCCAUAUUUUGAAUGAUUAUUCCAAGGAUUCGAACCAGGAUUAUGCAUAUAAUGAUAUUUUAUUGGAAUUCAAAACUAUCUUGAAUACCGAUAUCAAUUCCAUGGUAUCGACCGAUGGGAUAGAAAGUUUGAAAUCAUGUUACCAAACCGUGUUCGAGGUGUUAGAUUACUUUAACCAAUGGCAUUCUUCAACUACUGAUUAUCUCAUUUAUAAAUCGGAACAUCUUUCCAAACAAGCAAGAGUUCAAAUAAGAAAAAAUCUUCAUAUAAUCAAGAAGUUCAUUGAUUCCAUACCGUUGGAAUUAGUGGCCGUUAAAUCCAGUCAGUGUAAUAGUUUCGAGAGAACGAUCUUUUACUUCGAACAAUGGUAUAGACAGGACAAUAAUUUGAUUGAUAAUCAGGAUUUGAUCAAAGAUUUGGGUUCAGGGACAAGUUUACAUUCCAUUUAUGCCAAUAUAAAUGAUCUUGAUGCCUUGGAUGGGGUUUUAAAGAAAUUUCCCAUUCUGAAUAGUGACCCUUUCAUAAAGUUGAAAAGUUUCCAAUAUGAUUCGAAUUGGGUUUUAGCUCAGGAAACUUUCCAGGUAUUGAGUGAAUUCAAUUCUGUGGAGAGAACCAAUUAUAAGACCAAAUUAUUGAAUUUCUUAAAUGAUCAUGCUUCAUAUGAUCAAGUUUUAAACAAUCUAGGUAAUGAAAUCUCUAAUGGAGGUCAGAAAAUUCCUUUGGAAUGGUCUAUGGCAGGAUUACAAGCUUCUUUGUUAUCCAAUCUUCAAGAAUUAGAUAAAUGGCUUUUCAUCACCAAAUCUAUUGGUACACCUCAGGAUGUGUUUAAUAUCAUAUCUUUGAAAAUAGCCGAAGGUAUAAGAAACGAAAUCAUCAAUGAUGAAGGUAGGUUGGAAGAGGUAUUUGAAGAUGUCUAUAGGAUUAUAGGGAAUUCUUUAUCAAGUUCAUCUUCCUUAUCAUCAAGAAAUGCCAAAUUAAUGUUACAGUUACAUUCAGUUUUCGAUUUAUCCAAAUUAUAUGAAGUUUAUACUGAUUCUAAGGAUAACGGGUUCAACAUUGUUAAGUUAAGACUUACAAAUACCGAUCAGAGUUUUGAAUCUCGAUGGAAAGUUCUUUCAAUGCACAAUGUAUUCAACAUUCAGUUCAAUUGGCAGAGAAAAAUUGCUGAAACAUUAUUAGAAUGUUCCCAAUUAGCCAGAGAGAAUGAAAAGUUUGAUAUAGCCAUUUCAAGUAUAUUGAAAUCGUUAUUGAUUGGUUCAGAUAAUGCUGAAUUCGAAUACGCUCAAUUAUUAUGGGCUCAAGGUAAACAAACUGAUGCUAUCAAGAAGUUAGAAUUGAUCAAAUAUGAACUUUUGAAUUCGGCAGUAACUGUUGAUGAUUCAACUAAAGGUAAGAUCCAAUUGAAGUAUGCUGAAUGGUUAGAUGAAUCUAAUCAUAGUUCCUCGAAAACAAUUGUGGAGGAAUAUACCAAAUCUCUUGACCUUGUGAAUAACUGGGACAAACCAUAUUAUUCGUUAGGGAAAUAUUAUGAUAAGUUAAGGCAAUCCAAAGAAUUGAAUGAUGGGAUUUAUGAAAAGAAUACCAUCAAAUUAUUCUUGAAAUCUUUAGCAUUAGGUGCCAGUUAUAUCUAUGAGAUUUUGCCUAAACUUAUCACCAUUUGGUUGGAUUUCGCUUUGAUAUCUAAUCAUAGUCGUGAUGCCAACCAGAAUCUUGAAGCCAUUAUCAAGUUGAUCGAUCAAGAAUCAAAACAUAUUCCUGCUUAUGUUUGGUAUACUUCCAUCACCCAGAUGUUAUCUCGUAUAAACCAUAAACAUAUCCCUUCAUAUAAGUUAUUGUGUAAGAUCAUUUUGAAAUUAUUACAGUUAUAUCCAAAGCAUGCUUUAUGGUUUGUGUUGUCUCAUACGAAUUCAAAAGACACUGUUAGAAAACAAAGAGUUGGAGAGAUCUUGAAAAAAAUUGAUCAACCAAUGUUAUCUAAUGCCGAAGAAUUAUUCAAUAUCCUUAUUGAUAUAGCACAGUUUCCCUUGAAGAAAGGUACCAAAAGGGCUUAUUUGAGUAGGGAUUUAAAGAUCACUAAAUUGAACGAUGCCUUUGAUGAGUUAGUCAUUCCUGUAAGGUCAAAUCUCGAAAUCAGAAUCCCAGCUCAUAAUCAUUUAAAGCGUGAAUCCAGUGCUUUCCCCAAAACCUCUCUUAUCACAUUCAAUGGUGUUGACGAUAAAGUUAAUGUAUUUCAUUCUUUACAGAUGCCUAAACAAAUCACAGUCAGAGGUUCAGAUGGGAAACCAUAUAGAUUGAUGAUAAAGAAAGAUGAUACCAGAAAAGAUGCUAAAGUUGUUGAAUUCACCACCAUGGUCAAUAGAUUGUUGACUUUGAGUAAUGAAUCAAGAAAGAGGAACUUAACCAUUCCUAAUUAUUCUGUGGUACCUUUGGCGGAAAAUUUAGGUAUCAUUGAAUUUGUUACUGAUGUUGUAACAAUGAAAUCUAUUGUCAACGAUGAAAGGAGACGUUCAGGUAGAGCAAUUGAAGAUCUGAAGAUAUUUGCCAAGUUAGCUGCAGCUCAGAAGAUAUGUAAAACAAAAACCGACAACAAUCUAGAUUCAGCUAAACAAGAUCUUGUUAAACUUUUCGAAGGUAUAUUGGAAGAAAACCCUCCAGUAUUAUACAAAUGGUUUAUAAAUCAAUUUAGUGACCCCAUGUCGUGGUAUAUCGGUAGAAAUGCUUAUACGAGGUCAGCUGCAGUAAUGUCUAUAGUAGGGUUCAUAAUCGGACUCGGUGAUCGACAUUGUGAGAAUAUCCUUUUCUUCAAGAAGUCAGGUAGUGUAUUACACAUUGAUUUCGAUUGUUUGUUUGAAAAAGGAUUGAGUCUUCCAACUCCAGAAAUCGUACCUUUCAGAUUGACUGAAAAUAUGGUUGAUGCUAUGGGGAUGAACAAGUAUGAAGGAACUUUCAGGAAAUCUUGUGAGGUUAGUUUAAAUAUUUUGAGAGAGAAUGAAACAUCAUUAAUGAAUAUCUUGGAAACAUUGAUCUAUGAUCCAUUGUUGGAUUGGAAAGAUCAUGGUAACCCUCAACACCAUUUGAGGAAAGUAAGAAGAAAGAUUAGGGGAUUAUUAGAAGAAAAUGAAGGAGUGGCUAUGAAUAUUCAUGGUCAAGUUGAUAUUUUAAUUCAACAAGCUACUUCUAAUGAUAAUCUUUGUCAGAUGUAUGGAGGUUGGUCUCCUUAUAUAUAA